AUGCGGACCACACUCAACGACGGUGUGGCCGAGAUCCAGCGCGCGGUUGGCGAGACGGUCAGCUUGGGCGUUAGCUUGGCGGCCGAUGUGCGUGAUCCGAUGCCAGUCGAGGCGUCGCAGCUCGUCGCGCAUACGACCGCGCAGCCGACAAAGCCUUCGGUUGGUGCACACAAAGGAGUCACGCACCUGUGCAAGCACGAGGUUGAUGUCGUCGUCGACAAGCAGUCGCGUGGCACCAUGGUGUACUGCCCCCUGCCACCCCACAAGCAGUGCUGUAUACUCCGCAGUGUUAUUGUUUUCACUGCUGGAGGGGAGGUAGUGUAA